AUAAAUUAGUUUUUGUGUUGGUGGGAGUAAUGGCGUCGUCUGUUCUCACUAAAAUAAUACAAAACCACAGGUUUACAGCACAAUUAUUGAGAUAUAAUAGAGGAGUGUGUGUCCACCCCCACACCACCAUAUUUCCCCACAGUUUUAACCCCCAUAUAUCUUCCUGUGGGAAUAUUACCCGUAUGGGGUCACCUCUGAGCUCACAUGGCUGCCUUAUUUCACCAGCCAUUUUGUGUGUAACAGCCAGAUAUACUUGUAAUGGCUUGACAGGUUCUCCCAGAUGGCUGGACAAGUCUUAUGUAUGUUUAUUUAGGUGUGUCACAGCUCGAGGUAUUACUGUGGGUGAUGUGUGUACCUCAGGACACCAUCACAAGUCUGACUCUCCACACUCCCAGUGUGUGACAUCAUGGGAGGUGGUGAAAAAAAAGGAGAAGAAUAUCAGAGAGGCAGGGCAGGAAUUUCUUGAGGAUUUUAAAGAGAAGAAAGCUAAAGUUAGAGAAAAAGUGGAUGAAAUCAUUGAGCGUGAGAACAUCUGGACGAUACCCAACUUUCUGUGCAUCAGUCGUAUUGCGUUCUCGCCUCUUCUUGUUCACUUGGUCAUUUCUUCAAACUACAGCUGGGCCCUAGGACUCUUCAUGUUUGCUGGCUUCACCGACUUGCUUGAUGGAUGGAUUGCACGCACUUUCCCUGGGCAAGCCUCUAACAUUGGAAGCUUCCUUGACCCUUUGGCAGAUAAAGUCUUGGUAGCUCUCUUGUUUCUUUCUCUUACAUAUGUUGGACUCAUACCACUGCCGUUGACAGGGCUCAUCAUCUAUCGUGAUGUUCUAAUUAUUGGAGCCGCCUCAUACAUACGCUACAAGAGCCUUCCCCCUCCAAGAACUAUCACACGUUACUUUGAUGCCACACACGCUACAGCCAAGUUAGCUCCCACGACAUUGAGUAAAUUCAACACUGCUGUACAAUUGAGCCUCAUCACAGCUUCUCUGGCUGCACCAGUCUUAUGCUUCUCUGAUCAUUAUCUGCUUAAAGGCCUCUGGUGGCUGACAGCUGCAACUACACUGAGUUCUGGUAUCAGUUACAUUUUCUCAAAAGACACAUACAAAAUCCUCAGCAACAUGAGCAAAACAACUGAAAAAUAAGUUUGAAAGCUUAUUUAUCAAUAUUGAUGUUGUCUAUUAAGCUGUGUUCAUUUUUCAGGUUAAGGUAUUUUGGGAAGUUUUGUCCAUCAGGGAUAUUAGUAAGAUUAUUUAGGUACAGAUACACAUAAACACAGUUACACAAAUUAUCAUACAUGGUAACAUAUGUGUAAAUGACCUAGGAUAACCCAAAAAAGUCAAAAGUGACUUAUUUCCAUAGGUGUUAUCAAUUUAUAAAGUCCUUACGGACGAAGCCUCUUCUAGUAAAAAUCCAUAACCUACUCGUUAUGUCAUCAUCACACUGCUGGACUGCUGGUGUAUAUUACCUGUUUAAUUAAUGAGUAAAUUUAUUAAUUCCAAAUUAUUAUUGUUUACUACUACACUGUAAUGUAGAAUUCUCUAAAUACAGUGGACCCCCGCUUUACGAUCACCUCCCAAUGCGACCAAUUAUGUAAGUGUAUUUAUGUAAGUGCGUUUGUACGUGUAUGUUUGGGGGUCUGAAAUGGAUUAAUCUAAUUCACAAUAUUCCUUAUGGGAAUAAAUUCGGUCAGUACUGGCACCUGAACAUACUUCUGGAGUGAAAAAAUAUCGUAAACCGGGGGUCCACUGUAGUUGAUAUGUUACAAUGUGUUCCCCUCAAGGGAAAGGAGUACAUUGUAACAUAUCUUGAUCCAAAGAAUAAGACCAGUUAUCCCUUUUCUUGGAUCACAUCUGAUUAUCUUCUGUUCUAAACGCUGUCUGACCCCUAAGGGUUUAGCGUUCCUCCCCAUGAAUGCAAUAAUGUUACAAUGUAUCAUUGUAAGAUGAGCUUAAGCUCAAUUAUAUUUUUGAAAUUCAUUUAACUCUUGCUUAUGCUUUGUCAAUACAAUACGUAUUGUAUAGGGCAGUAGUGUAUAUUGGUAGUUAAACAACAGCUUAUGUGCAAUAGUCCCGCUGUAUCCGCGAGGGAUAAUGUUCCAAGACCUACUGCAGAUAGUAGCGAACCCUACGUGUAAGUCCUUUUUCAUUUACAUACAUACCUAUGAUAAAGAUUAAUUGAUAAAUUUUCACAAUAAGCACUUUUUACUGAUGGGAAGCACUUCUUGUCUUCUCUUAAGCUUUAAAGAACUGCCACAUCACUACUGUUGUGCUCUGAGGCCAUUAUUAAAGAAAAUUAAGGGUUAUUUUUGGGCCAUGGUAAACCUUGGAAACUGAAUCCGUGGAUACGGGGGUUCUACUGUAUACCAAAUAGCCCUGGGAAAUUUUAUAUAUACAGUGGACCCCCCUGGAUAUCGUAGUCAUCAGAUUUCGUAAUUGGCAAUCGUAAAUUUUUUUUGUGAAAAUAUUGGCUCAGUGAUCAUCAUUUACCUCGGUAAUAGUCUUUCAUCCCAAACACGUACGAGUGGCCCCACACACCAUCCCACACCAUUCACAGUCAGUCUGCCUUUGUUUAUCAGCAAGUGACUGUCACCCCACUUGUUCAUACAAUACAUUUUGUAAUAUUCCAUUCUUUUUUUGUCCUUGCAACUGGUAAAUAAGCCACCAUGGGCCCAAAGAAAGCUUCUAGUGCCAGCCCUUUGGUAAAAAAGGUGAGAAACACUAUAGAAUUCAAGAAAGACAUCAUUGCAAAAUAUGAAAGUGGAGUACGUGUGGCAGAGCUUGCCAGGUUGUAUAAGAAAUCCCAUACAACCAUCGUGUGGCCAAGAAAAAGGAAAUCAAGGAAGCUGUUGUUGCGAAAGGUACAAAUAUGCUCACAAAAGAGAUCACAAAUACUCGAAGAUGUGGAGACUUUGUUGUUGGCGUGGUUCAACCAAACACAGUUAGUAGCAGAUAGUGUUAUGCAGUCGAUCAUUUGAGAAAAGGCAAGGCAGUUGCAUGAUCUCGUAAAGAAAAUGCCUGGAACUAGUGCUAAUGUUAGUGAAUUUAAGGCCAGCAAAGGCUGGUUUGAGAGAUUUAAGAAGCCUGGUGGCAUACACAGUGUGGUAAGGCAUGGCGAGGCUGCAAGUUCUGACAAAUAUUUGGCUGAAAAAUACAUUCAGGAAUUCAAGGGAUACAUAGAGGCUGAACAAUUCAAACCCCAGCAAGUAUUCAGUUGUGACAAAACAGGCCUCUUUUGGAAGAAAAUGCCAAAGAGGACCUACACCACGCAGGAGGAAAAGGCACUUCCAGGACACAAGCCUAUGAAAGACAGGAAGAAGGUGCCUUCUUCAAAGAUUAAGGACAUUUGUACAAAGUGGAGAGAGCUGUUAUAGGCCGUGUUGGCAACAUGUACAAUGACAAUGUCAUGUCCCAUUUUAGGGAAAUUUUAAAGAAACGCCAGAAACAGAGCUCUCUCUAACAAUUUUUUGAGUGACAAGGGUCCAGUGACCCUCAAGCUGGUACUAGUAGCAUUAAAAAAUAAAGAAGGGAAGUAACCCCAGAAAAGGACUUGGUACCUGAAGUCUUUAUGGAAGGGGAUUCCCCUUCCAAACAAUAGUAACGCCUCCAUCCUCUCCCCUCCUUCCGUCUUCCAUACAUCAACAAGUCUUCAAUAAAGGAGAGUGUCAUGUUAUUAUUGUUUUAUGCUUCAUGUCUCAUUGUUUUCUGUGUAGGUAAAUGUAUAUUUCAUGUAAAAAAAUUAUUUUUUUUAAUACUUUUGGGUGCCUGGAACUGAUUAAUUGGAUUUACAGCAUUUCUUAUGGGGAAAAUGAAUUUGGAUACCAUCAAAUUCGGCUUUAGUCACACACUCUGGAACGGACUAAUCGCGAUAACCGGGGUCCACUGUAUACUAGAAAUAAACUGAUAGACAGUGCAUACCAUAAGUUGUCCAUCAGUUUUGUGUUGAUAAAUAUUUUAAAAUAUGUGCAAAAAUAGAAACACAAUCCUGUUAUUUUUUAAUAAGCUCUGAAAGUUUUCAUUAUAAGUAAAUGCCAGCUGGGUUUGUGUGCCUUGAGUACGAUGAGCUGUUUUGUAGGCAAGCUCUCCGGCAUUACUAUUACUGGUUGAUAUGUGUGAAUUUUUCUAAUGAAAAAUAUUGUGGGAGCAAGGGGCUAGUAACCUUUUCUCCUGUAUAAAUUACUAAAUGUAAAAGGAAAAACUUUUGUUUUUCUUUUUAGGUCACCCUGCCUCAGUGGAGAUGGCCAGUGUGUUGGAAAAAAAUAUAUACAUAGUGUAUAUACAGUAUAUUGUAAGUUUGUAAAUAGGGGAAAAUUUGUGAUACUGUUCCUAGGGGAUUUGACAUAUUUUAUAAUAAAAGCAUACUGUAAUAA